GAAAACCUCGCCGGAGCCUUCUUCUUCCGACUAAAAACCCUAAAUUUCAGGAAUGUCACUGAUUCGUCUCUCCCGCCACAAUUCAUCAUCCUUCAAUCUCCUCAGGCGCAGCCUUCACAGCGCUUCGUCCGACGAAACAGUCUCCUCCUCCUCUUCAUCACGGCUGCGAGACCAUUACAACUUCCAGCCACCACCGCCUCUGUCCCCAUCAUCCUCUGAAGAUCCCCUGAAGAAGAAGAAGAAGCCGCCGAAGCCGCAAUACCGACCACCGUCGUCUCUGGAAGGGGUGAAGAAGAUGCACUCCAGCCUUCCGUUCGAUUUCAGGUUCAGUUACACGGAGAGUAGCUCCAGCGUGAGGCCGAUCGGAUUGAGAGAACCGAAAUACUCUCCGUUCGGUCCGGAUCGGUUGAACCGGGAGUGGACGGGUGUGUGUGCCCCGGCGGUGGACCCGAAGGUGGAGACGGUGGAUGGGGUGGAGGAUCCGAAGCUGGAGGAGAAGAGGAGGAGAGAGAGGGAGAAGAUACAGGGCCCACCGCUCACUGAAGCUGAGAGGAAGUUUCUUGUUGAGCUUUGUCAGAGGAACAAAACCAAAAGGCAAAUCAAUCUCGGGAGAGAUGGUUUGACUCACAAUAUGCUGAAUGAUAUCUAUAACCACUGGAAACACGCUGAAGCUGUUCGUGUCAAAUGUCUUGGUGUCCCAACUCUCGAUAUGAAGAACGUUAUCUUCCACCUUGAGGAUAAAACGUAUGGGCAGGUGGUUUCUAAGCACUGUGGCACCCUUGUCUUAUAUAGAGGGCGAAACUACGAUCCUAAGAAAAGGCCCAAGAUUCCUUUGAUGUUGUGGAAACCUCAUGAACCCGUUUACCCUAGGCUUAUUAAAACAACUAUCGAUGGUCUAAGCGUCAAAGAGACCAAAGCUAUGAGAAAGAAAGGGCUUGCUGUUCCUGCCCUCACAAAACUCGCAAAGAAUGGGUAUUACGGUAGUCUUGUUCCAAUGGUGAGAGACGCGUUCCUCGUUAGUGAAUUAGUACGGAUUGAUUGCUUGGGACUAGAGAAAAAGGAUUACAAGAAAAUUGGAGCUAAGCUAAGGGAUUUGGUGCCUUGCAUCCUGGUGACAUUUGACAAGGAGCAGGUCGUUAUUUGGAGAGGUAAAGACUAUAAGCCAGCCGAGGAGGACGAAGGUGAAUUUCCUCCUUCCUUCGUUCAUCAUGCUGAGGCACAGGGACUCUCAUUCUCCAAACUGGCCGGCAUCUAAGCACUCUUCCUGACCCCUACCACUUGGUAUAGUAUAGAUUGUUUGUGGUAUUGUUUUUUGGUAAAUUAAAGAACUACAAAUCAAAACAUCUUUUAGUUUCUCAUUAAAUAUUUAAUAGGAAAGACCGAUGAUAUAUUAAAAACAAAAAUCUCUACAUAGAUUUUUUUAAAAAAGAAACAAAAAUCUAAUGAGAUAUACAUAAUAAAAUCUAAUUGAAAAGAUCGAGAAUAUCCAUCUCUUUGUUAAGAGUACAAAGCUGUGGUUCCUCCGUACAGGCUCGCGUGGGUUCUUUUGAAUGUAAGUUCAAGUCCUUCAAUAGUUCUUCUUCGGGUUGAAUUUUCACAGUAUCAAAGAGUUGUAACAAUGCGUCAAUGGCCGGGUCUGCUUUAGUCACUAGUUUUAAGACUGCUCUUUUUCUCUGUCUCUCCUUCCGAAUUAUCUUACGCUUCACCGGGCACAGAGCCUGCGACAAUGACGGCAUAUCCAACGGAUUUUUGGUGGAACUAGUCUUCUUCUUUUUGUUGGUGCAGGCUUCUAUAACUUCCUUGAGAGCGCUUAGAUUGAAAGUAAAAUCAUCAUCAUCCUCCUCUUGCUUGAUAGGAAUUCUCUUCUUCUUGCUUUCAGGUUUCAUCUUUAUUUACUCACACAAUCUCUCUCUUAAACAUACAAAAUU